AGUAAAUUUGUCAAAAAAAUUGUUGUUGUUUAAUGUUUAUAAAUAAUUCAAAAUUUGGAUGACUGUAUCUGUUGUCCGAAAAUUUUAUCAUAUGCACAAAAAUUGGAACUAGACAGAUUUUUUUAAUGUAAAGUACAUUCUCCCUUUGUACUUUUCGUUCUCUACCCAAAACAUUCUGAACUCGCAGUAAAUUGAGCAUGUUCGUAUCUGACACAAUUGUAGGGAAGAUGUUUCGAUCAGCAUAUUUUUAUGAUUUGCUCUAUGUUCUUAAAAAAAAUAUUAUUUAUAACUUAUGAUAUUAUUAAAAAAAGAGCAGUCUUGAAAAAUUGAAAGUCAUUUAAAUUACUUGAAGGAGGGGUGGAAAAGAAAUCAAUCUGUUGUGGAAAUACACGAAGAAUAAAACUUUCGGUUUGUUCGUCACGCAAAAAGGACGUGUACCGAUUAAGACCAGUACGUCAUCAACUCAGAUCAUUGCGUUCAUUGGUCAGCUAUUUUUAUCUCUCCAGUUGUUUUAAGUCUGUUCACUAUAUAAGGCUGUACGGCGAAAAGUUCUGACAGUUAGGGAGGAUCCUACUUUCGCUGCUGUCUCUAGGACUGCGAGGAAGUCGCUGAAAUAUGCAGAAUUUAAAACUUAUGGCUAUAGGAGAUGGCGGAGUAGGAAAGUCGUCCUUUCUAAUUUGCGCUACAACUAGUCAUUUUCCAAGUGACUAUGUUCCUACAGUUUUUGAUAACUACAGCGUAGAUCUCGUAGUAAACAGUUCUCCUUACUCGAUUUCUCUUUGGGAUACAGCAGGGCAAGAAGACUACGAUCGUCUGAGGUUUCUCGCUUAUCCUGGAACUGACGUAUUUGUUGUGUGUUUUGAUGUUGUAAAUCGAAGUUCAUUUGAAAACGUGAGCGAGAAAUGGAUUCACGAAGCGCGCUACUAUGUACCCGAGACUCCAAUCCUCCUGAUGGCAACGAAGACGGAUCUUCGAAACAGCAGUAAUGCAGAUGACAGGUCCACUGUGUCUACAAGAGAAGGAAUGGCUCUUGCUGAAACUCUUGGUGUGUCAUAUGCAGAGUGUAGCUCCCUAACAAACACUGGAGUGCAGGAAGCUCUGAAUAAAGCUGCAGAAAUGGCUGUUAGUUUUCAUACCCAGAGAAAAAGAUCAACUGCAAGAGUUUUGGGCUUCUUUAAAAGGAAAAACAAAAAUUCCAUGUCAGCUCAGGAUCAGGAAAUUUUUCCCCCUCAACUGCCACCAGCAGGUUUUGCUCCCCAUGUGGAGGUACUCAGCUCAACAUUUGCCAGUGAAUGGGAUUCUAUGUUGUCUGACACAAUGAGUGCAGAUGUCAGAUUUGUAUUCUCUGAUGGUGAGUCCCUUGAAGCUCAUAGAACUGUUCUUGUUGCAGCCUCCUCCAUCUUCAAGAAUGUUUUACUGGGAGAAAUGUCUGCAAACCAUGAAUCUUUCCAGUACAUCUUUGAAGAUGUUUCAUGGAUUUGUGAUGGAGAAAGUAACUGCCCAAAUCUUCCUCAUAUCGAAGGGAAAUGCCAGGGCAAAGGUAGAACUGUAAUAAGGUUGCAUGAGAGCAUUACUAAAGGCAUUUUCGCUGAGGUAUUGUCCUUCCUUUACACUGGAUCGCCUAGUGUAACAGAUGAUAAAGACAAAAAUUUUAUCACAGAAAUUCAAGAUGCUGCCAAGAAAUUUCAGUUGACAUGGUUGAUAGAUACCUGUACAAACAUCCUGUCAGGAGAUUCUUUCCUUAAUCCAAGUAUUGGCACAUGGCUGAAUGACAACACGGGACAAACAGCUAAAAAUUUGUUUCUGAACAAGCCAUUUUUAGCUGAUGUCAAGUUCUGUGUUGAGGGCACCAUUGUUUAUGGACACAAGUUGAUAUUAAAAUCAAGGUCAGAGGUCAUGGCAGCCAUGUUGGGUGGGGCCUUUAGAGAGAGUGACUUGGAUACAGAGAUUGAGAUCAAAGACACAACCCUGCAAAGUUUUUUGGCACUGCUGGAGUACCUCUACACUGACCAUGCCCCAAUAGAGGAGGGAGAUUCAGUAGAAAUAAUGGUUUUAGCAGACAGAUUCUGUCUUCCAAGACUUGUGACAAUGUGUGAGUUGUACACAACCAAGAAAGUUGAUUCUUUGAUACAGAAAAGGGUGUCUGAUGGCACUAAAGAUGUCAUAAACCUCCUUCUCACAUCACAGGCAUACAAUGCUAAACAGUUGGCUGACUGGUGUCUUCAUUUCAUUUCAACCAACUUCUCAGUCUUUGAAUCCACUGAAGAGUUUGAGCUUCUUCAAGGGGAAAACAGGAAACAUGUGAUUCAACAUAGAUGGCCUCCUCUUGCCUAUUUACAAGCACUAGAAGAAUUUGAACAAAAAGCCCCGCAAUCUAAGCUUACUUCCAAGUGUAAAAUGAUGUGAAAUAUAUGCUACCAGUAAAUCCAAGCAAUAUAUUGGAAAAUGAUCUUGUAACUGGACUAAAAGAAUUAGAAACUAUGUGGAUGAACCUUUAAUUUA